AUGAAUUCUCUUCCUAAAAUAGGCCCCGAUACUCCCUCGGGAGAUGGCCAUUACAAGGCGCCCAGAACCUUCCCUAUCGGACCACACUUCUCCAGGUACGAGCACAACCCGAUCUUGACUCCAAACCCAGAGAAUACCUGGGAGGAGGCGUAUGUUUACAAUGCUACGGCAAUUGUCGUGGAUGGUCGAGUUUAUUUGCUCUAUAGGGCUCAAGACAGCAAGAAAACGCUGUACGUGGGUAUUGCGUGGCUGAGUGAUGGCUACAACUUUAAAAGGCACAACAAGCCGGUCUUGUAUCCCACCGAGGAAUGGGAGCAAAAAGGUGGUUGUGAAGAUCCCCGAAUUGUCCGUGAUCCCGAAACUAAGAAGUUCAUCAUGACCUACACUGCUUACGAUGGAUCCUACGCACGAUUGUGUGUGGCCGAGCUGUGGGACUUAUUUGAGUGGAAGAAGCACCCACCUAUUAUCAAAAACGACGAUUGGGCAGAAAUCAGCAAUGCGCUCGACGGAACACAGUUUAUCCGUCGGGCAUGGCUGAAGAGUGGUGCCGUGUUCGUAGAGAAACACAAGGACGGCCAGUAUUACAUGAUCUGGGGCGAGUCCGGAUUCUACCUUGCUACGAGCUCUGAUUUGACACAUUGGAAAAUCACAAGCCACGACUUUCUGAGUGCUGUGUACGCCACAGGCAAAUUUGACUGGCAGGACCGGUUAAUUGAGCCUGGACCGGCACCAAUCAAGCUUGAUACGGGAAACCCACACCAGAACUACUACGUCUUGUUCUACAAUUCGUCCACCACAGGUGCUGGACCGUACCCACAGGCAACGUACACCAUUUCGCAAAUGCUUAUUGAUUAUGACAAUUUGCAAGAUGGACCAUUGGCACGCUUGGAGAAGCCGAUUUUGGUGCCUGAGGAUGCUGGUGAGAUUGACGGCCAAGUCGAUAAGGUUGUCUUCACUGAGGGAAUCGUUCAGUUUAAAGGCAAGUGGUUUUUGUACUACGGCCAAGGUGACUCUAAGCUUGGCGUAGCCACUUGCCCUGCGUACUAG